AGAAAAGACACCCACCUGCAGGGUCCUGGGUGAAAGCGAGCCUGAACUUUCUCUAGAAACAAAAAUGCCCGAACUGAGGCGAGCACCAUCUGGGCACAUCACGAAGACCCAUUGAGAAGACCCAUUUGGGAAAGAUAGGUGUGGCUGGAGGCAGUAGGAGAAGAGGAAGGCGGUGGAUCAGCCCAGUGAAAGAAGCCACGGCCUUUAGUUUGCAAGACCAGACCUUUGCUGCUAACGACGGACCGGACCUUUCAGAGGGCAGGAAUUCAUAGCACGGACGGGACGUGGGAGUGACGUGGUGGCACGUAAACAGAAGAAGGGCGCCCGUGAGCCUAAACCCGGACCCUCCCCAUUUCAGCUGCUUUGUGUCUCUUUCCAUUCCCAUAGCCUUUUAAAAACAGUCCAGACCAAAAAAAAGCCCGGGUCCUGAAGGAUGGGAGCAGACCUCUGUGUGCUUGGUAGACUUUCCCUGUAGGGUGACGGGUAGGGGCCAGCCAGACCAGGUGGACCUUGGUCUGAUCCAGCUUAAUGGCUGCUCUCCUGAUAUCCUCAGCCUGGGGCUCAGCCGACAAGUGUGGGGAAGUGACUCUUUCUCCAAUCGCUUGCCUGCCUGCCUUGCACACCUGCUGGGACCCCCAGGGUGGAAGGAGAGACACGGAGCCAGAACAUCAUCCGUAAAGCUUCUCCUGUAAAUCCACAGCCUCGCAGCUGAGAAGUAGCUUGGGUGUCAUCCAGAGAGGAGCUGAGGCUUUGUUUAAAGUGUGUGACCCUUUCCGUGGCUAAGUGGAAUCAGACACGUGAGUACACCGACCUCUGCCCCAAUGCCUGGCUGGCCUGGUGAGGUGGCCGGGGUCCUCUCCAGCCUCCUGCUGUGUGUCGUGUGCCUGGGCGCCACGGUGCAGACCUUCCAGAUCAACCGAGGGGCCGCCGCGGGGUUCCUCCUCCAGGCCCUGGUGUCCACGGUGGAAGCUGGCCCGCUCCUGGCCGCCCUCCUCGGCCUCGGCGUGGGAUCGGCCCCGGCCCCGGCCCCAGACGUCGCCUGGGUCUCCACCGUGGCCGGGCUGCCCCUGCUGGUCUUCGGCUUCCACUGGCUGCACGGGGACCGCGCCACGGCCAAUGCCCUUUUGGGAGGGGCGCUCCUGCUGACCGGAGGCUGGGGCUACUUGACGGAGGAAGCCAGAGCCAUGGUGGCCCACUCGGUCAACGCCGUGGCCUCCGUCACCAUCCUGGUCGCCUCUGUUUUCACCGGGAACCCCUGGGGGAUGGCGGGGAGCCUGCUGCUGGGCUUCUCGGGCUUCCUGUCCGGGCGCAAGAGCCCGUGGCCCCUGCUGCUGGCGCCGAGGAAGAGGGAGGUCCUGCGAGGCCUCAUGGCCGCGGCCAACCUCACCCUGCAGCGGGCCCUCCAACGGCAGCAGCGAGAACUGGACCAGGGGGGCGGGGAGCUCUUUGCUGGCGUCUCUGACUGAUUUGGGGGCAGCGCCCCUAAUUUGAUUGUGCCGCAGAGGGACGGCUGGCUGGCUGGGGAGUGCAGACGGAAGACCGCCAGAGUUCAGGGGAGGGGGAGAAGGCCCAGCUGGCCCCUCUGCCUUGGAGCCACAAGUGGGGCCCUUCCUGGCCGGGCGCAGGUCCCUGGAGCGCCCCUUUCAGACUCUGGGUGUGUGUUUGGGAGGGGAGGGAGUGAGCUGAUCCUGGUGCCGCCAGGCGUUAGCUGGUCUAGAGGACCCCGUACCCUUAAAGGCACCCUGAUGUUUGCGUUUCGGGUGUGCGACAGGAGGAAAAGAAGAGGCCAAGGUGGGCCCGCACCCUGUCUUCGCUGUGGUGCUCCAGUCCUGGCAGGAAGCUCACAGAGAAAGGUGUGUUGUUCCUUCACAGCUGGCAGUCAAAGGUGUCCCCUCUGUAGGAGCGCAUAGCCAUCAGGCCCCGGGCGCCAGGGCCACGGUUAGCCUUAUUCACCGGGGAUAUUUUCUUUCUGAGUCUAUUUUAAAGCGAGGUGGGUGGCCACUCUGA